AUGGACACGAAAGGAAAUAUUCUAGCGGCAUUCUCCUUCAUUGCAAUUGCCCUUUUACUACCUGCUUUUGUUUGGCAUUGUCGUUGUAAGAAUGUACCAGCUAUCUUUUUGAUUUGCUGGCUACAAAUCAGUAACAUAAUUAGCUUUAUUAAUGCUAUAGCAUGGAGUGAUGAGAAUUUCUACGAGAAAUGGGAUGGCAAGGUGUAUUGCGAUAUUGCAGUAAAACUUGACAUAGGUGCAUCUUGUGGUAAGGUAGCAGCUAUAAGUGUUUUAGCGAUGAAUCUAUAUAUGGUUUUAUGUGCCAACAACCCUAUUUUCAUGGGUAAUAAGUCAAAGAAAAAGUUGAUCAUUGAACUCAGUAUGUGUGCUAUUACUCCAAUUUUUGUAAUGUCAGUCAAUUAUAUUAUCCAAAGCGGAAGAUACUCUGUUUUGCGUUACACUGGGUGUGUUGAGCCAUAUAGUGAGUCUGUUGCAUCACUUUUUCUCAGUACCUUUUGGACGUUCCUUUGGGCAAUUGUUGCGGUAGUAUUUGCGGUUCUAUUAUUAAGGAAAUACUUUCAAAAGAGAAAAGACGUUAAAGACAUCUUGAGAUGCACUAAUUCUGGCCUAAAUGCUAAAAGGUUUGCUAGAUUGUUAAUCUUCAGUCUUUUGAUAGUCUUGGUAUUGGCACCACUCACUACUUACUACUUUGUAGCAGAUGCUUUAUCGUUCAAGGGAAAGUUUAGCUGGAAAGAAACGCACAACGAGUACUGGGACUUUAUAUAUUUCUUUGACGUUGGAUAUUCGGUGACAUAUGGCAAUUUCAUCAACAUUGGAUUGUCUAUAAUUACUUUUAUUUUAUUUGGUUUGGGGUCGGAUGCUUUAGACCUAUACAAAUCUAUGUUUAGGAAACUUGGUUUCAACUUCGGUAGCAAGAAAGAUGACAAUCAGUUGUUCAAGAUAUCCAGUAAUAAAUCCGAUCAGACUAGAGUCAACUCAAACAGAUCUAAAGCUUCAGGUAAGCUGGAAAACUCUGCUUUGACCAAUGGCUCGCAUAUGACGGAAUUUGAAUCAGAGUUUAAGAACCUCGUGAAAGAAAACUUCGAGCUUCCGAGCCCCGAUAGCAGCUUAGGGAAGAAUUCUGCUACUAGAAUAUCGACAGUUGAUUUGGAAAAAGGGUCUUCGAACGAGGUAUCGUUCAACUCAACAGAAUCUCCGCGCUCCCAAGAAAGCUUGUAUGUUCUUAAUCAAGAACAAACACCAAGCGACGAUGGAUUUCAUUAUGGUUUCAGAGUUGUGCAGAAUAAUACAUAG